AUGAUUAAUAAAUUUGUCUUAUUUCCUGUCUUAUUAGCAUCUAUAGCCCUUUACUACUAUGUCAUAUUAUAUCAAGAUGCAGAUUAUAAUGAAUGGCCAUCUAUAGGGUUCGGGAAUUUGAUAUCAAAAAACGAAAACCUGUCUUUACCAAAAUGGAGCUCUCACUUGAAGAGACAUUCACCAAAGCUUGCAUCAAAUAGUUACAUGGACUACAGUUUUCCAUUCAAAAAUAGAACUCAGAUAGGGGCCGAAAAUGCAACGAUAGUUAUGCUUGUUCGAAACUCUGAAUUGAAAGGUGCCCUUGAAUCAAUAAGAUCAUUGGAGGAUAGAUUCAAUAAGGACUAUAGAUAUCCUUGGGUUUUUCUCAACGAAGUUCCAUUUGAAGAGGAAUUUAUAGAACAGACCUCUUUAAUGGUCAGUGGAGAAACAUAUUAUGAGUUAGUCCCAGAGGAGGAUUGGGAACCGCCAUCUUUUAUCGACGAACGCAAACUUCAAGAGGGCCUCAAGAAAGCGUCUGAUGAUGGUAUUGUUUAUGGUGGGCUGAGAUCAUAUCGAAACAUGUGCCAUUUCAACUCUGGUUACUUUUAUAAACAGAAAAGACUUCUCAACUAUGAGUGGUAUUUUAGGGUCGAACCUGAUGUUCAAUAUAUGUGUGAUUUCCAAUACGAUCCCUUUACUCUUCUCCGGAGUAACGAUAAGUUAUAUGGUUUCGUUAUUGCUAUUCAUGAAUAUGGAAAUACAAUACCAACAUUGUGGGAUACGGUUGAAGACUUUAUGGUCAAAUAUCCUGAAUUCCUACACCCUAACAAUGCAAUCAAGUUUAUCACAUCUAAUGAAACUACCAUUACAUACGGAUUCGACUUUGGAACUCUAUCUCCGAACUAUAAUCUUUGCCAUUUUUGGUCUAAUUUUGAGGUAGGAAACUUAAACUUUUUCAGAAGUAAAGCUUACAAUACAUUUUUUGACCACUUAGACAAAGCGGGUGGAUUUUAUUACGAAAGAUGGGGCGACGCCCCAGUACAUACAAUUGCACUCAGUCUUUUGAUUGAUAAAAACAAAAUUCACCAUUUCGAAGACAUUGGGUACUAUCAUCCUCCCCAUAUGUGUUGUCCAGCCUCACUUGAUGUAAUCGCUGCGAAAAGAUGUGUUUGUAAAGCAUAUGGUCCAGACGGUAAAAUUCUUGACGAACCCGUGGAUGAAACUCCUUUCAGCUGUCUCUCUCGCUGGUGGAGGUAUGGUUCGGGCAAAAACUUUCUCAAUGAAAUAGAUUUGACUUAUAAUUAG